AUUUUGUUUCUGUGAGGCGGGUCGCGGUGCUCGCGUGCGAUCCCCGUCGCCUCCAUCGACUCGCUCUGCGCUCGACUCGCUCACUGUACAGCAGAAAACUCGCUGCGCUCCGAACGGCUGCAACUUUUGCAGAGACUCCUCGCUCCACAGACAAUGUCGCACGAUAGCUGAAGUGAACCCGUCCGCCGCGGCUCGUCGCCCGAGCCUCCAGAUAAAGAAAAAAGGAAGAAAACAACAACAACAACAACAACAACAAAAAAGCCUCGCAGGCUGGCUGGGACACCGGAUCGCACAGCCGUCUCCUCCGUCGCUCCACUCUGCGCAUCGGAACCUGCGUUUGGAGGAGAAGAAGAAGAAGAGAAAAAACAACACGCCUGGAUAUGAAUGAUGAGCCUUUCCCUCACUAAUGAACUGGGCCGGUAAAUGCAGGAGACCGCGGCGACUCUCUCGUCACUGUUUCAAGAUGGCAGAUUUUCAUUGAGUUUUGAGCAGAAAUCUCGCUUUAUAUUUUUGCCAUGAAUAACAGGAACCCUUGCACCGAUGGCCCCUGUAUACGAAGGUAUGGCCUCGCAAGUGCAAGUGUUCUCCCCUCACACUCUCCAAUCAAGUGCCUUCUUUAGCGUGAAGAAACUGAAGGUGGAGCAGAGCUGUAACUGGGAUAUGACAGGGUACGGCACCCACAGCAAAGUCUACAGCCACAACAGCAGCAAGAACUUGUCGGCCGCCACCGGCCCCCUCGGCAUCAACAGCUCCCUGCAGGUCGCCAAAUCCGCACUGCCCUACGAGCAUCCGGCACUCAUCUUCCCGGCCAGCGUGGGCCACAUUGUGGUCGCCUCAGCCAGCAGCACUUCGGGGGCCGCGCGGUCUCUGCUGGGCAGCGGGGGUGGAGGCAGCAGCAGCAGCAGCAGCGGUGGUGGAGGCGGCGCCGGGGUCGGCGGGGUGCUCGGUGUUCACAACCUGACGCGCCGCAGCACGGUCAGUCUCCUCGACACCUACCAGCGAUGCGGGCUGAAGCGCAAAAGUGAGGAGCUUGACAACAACAGCAGCGUGCAGAUCAUCGAGGAGCACGGCCCGGCGAUGAUCCAGAACGGUGCAGCCGGCGGGGUGGCGGUGGCCACCGUGGCCACCGCCACCUCCACCGCGACGUCUAAGAACAGCGGCUCCAACAGUGAGGGCGACUACCAGCUGGUGCAGCACGAGGUGCUCUGCUCCAUGACCAACACCUACGAAGUGCUGGAGUUCCUGGGACGGGGGACCUUUGGUCAGGUGGUCAAGUGCUGGAAGAGGGGCACCAACGAGAUCGUGGCCAUCAAGAUCUUGAAGAACCACCCGUCGUACGCCCGGCAGGGUCAGAUCGAGGUCAGCAUCCUGGCCCGUCUCAGCACGGAGAGUGCAGAUGACUACAACUUUGUGAGGGCCUACGAGUGCUUCCAGCACAAGAACCACACGUGCCUGGUAUUUGAGAUGCUGGAGCAGAACCUGUACGACUUCCUCAAGCAGAACAAGUUCAGCCCCCUGCCGCUCAAAUACAUCAGACCCGUCCUGCAGCAGGUGGCAUCGGCGCUAAUGAAACUGAAGAGCCUGGGCCUGAUCCACGCUGACCUGAAGCCAGAGAACAUCAUGCUGGUGGACCCGUCCCGGCAGCCCUACAGGGUCAAGGUCAUCGACUUUGGCUCAGCCAGCCAUGUGUCAAAAGCAGUGUGCUCCACUUAUCUGCAGUCCAGAUACUACAGGGCACCAGAGAUCAUCCUGGGCCUGCCGUUCUGCGAGGCCAUAGACAUGUGGUCCCUGGGCUGUGUGAUAGCCGAGCUCUUCCUGGGAUGGCCCCUCUACCCCGGAGCCUCCGAGUACGAUCAGAUCCGGUACAUCUCACAGACACAAGGUCUGCCUGCAGAGUAUCUGUUGAGUGCGGGGACGAAAACCACCAGGUUCUUCAACAGGGACCCCGACUCCACCUACCCCCUCUGGAGACUUAAGACUCCGGAGGACCACGAGGGCGAAACGGGGAUCAAGUCCAAGGAGGCUCGCAAGUACAUCUUCAACUGCUUGGAUGAUAUGGCGCAGGUGAACAUGACGUCGGAGCUGGAGGGGAGCGACAUGCUGGCAGAGAAGGCCGACAGGAGGGAGUUCAUCGACUUGUUGACCAAGAUGCUGACCAUUGACGCCGACAAGAGGAUCACUCCUAUCGAAACGCUCAACCACCCCUUUGUUACCAUGUCACAUCUCCUCGAUUUCCCUCACAGCACACAAGUAAAGUCGUGCUUCCAAAACAUGGAGAUCUGUAAGCGUCGCGUCAACAUGUACGACGCGGUCAACCAGAGCAAGACGCCCUUUUAUCACCUCACGUGGCCCCCCAGCACCUCCACCAACCUCACCAUGACCUUCAACAACCAGCUGAACACUGUGCACAGCCAGGGUAAAGCCACCAACUUGGUUCCCUCCUCCACCAACAAUGCCACCCUUUCCUUUGCAAGUCCUGAUGUCUCCAUACUAAACUACCAAUCUGCACUCUACCAGCCCUCCGCCGCCGCCAUGGCGGCCGUGGCCCAGAGGAGCAUGCCCCUGCAGCCGGGGCCUCCUCAGCUCUGCGCCGCUCGGCCCGACCCCUUCCAGCAGGCACUCAUCGUCUGCCCGCCUGGCUUCCAAGGGCUGCAGGCGUCCCCUUCCAAGCACACCAGUUACUCGGUGCGGAUGGAGAACGCCGUUCCCAUAGUGACGCAAGCCCCCGGUGCCCAGCCACUGCAGAUUCAACCCGGCCUGCUUACACAGCAGGCCUGGCCCAGCGGCACCCAGCAGAUCCUGCUGCCUCCAGCCUGGCAGCAGCUCACGCACACCUCGGUCCAGCAUGCCACCGUCAUCCCGGACUCCAUGAGCAGCGCGCAGCCGCUCGCCAACUGGAGGAAUUCCCACCCGCACGGCACCCAUUACAAUCCCAUCAUGCAGCAGCCAGCCUUGUUGGCCGGCCACGUCACGCUCCCGUCCAACCAGACGCUCAGCGUGGGAGUGGCCCACGUUAUGAGGCAGGCCUCGACCAAUAACAACUCCACUUCCAAGAAGAACAAACAGCACCAGAUGUCCGCCAGGAACAUGUCGGCCUACGAGGUGUCGUCCUCCCAAACGGUGCUUUCCCCGCAGCGCUCCAAGCGGGUGAAGGAGAACACCCCCCCGCGCUGCGCCGUGCUGCAGAGCGGCUCGUCCUCCUUCAACUGCGCGCCCCUGCAGGGCUACGGGGGCGGAGGGUGGGGGCCGGGCGAAUCAGAACAGGCUUCCAGCACCACCCGCAACCACCAGCACCAACACCACCUGCCCAGACAGACCAUCGUCAUCCCCGACACGCCCAGCCCGGCGGUCAGCAUCAUCACCAUCAGCAGCGACACGGACGACGAAGAUGACCACAAACAGAACAAGAGUUCAUCUUCAAAGCAGCGGAAGAAUGUCAUCAGUUGCGUGACCGUCCACGAUUCACCCGACUCCCACUGUUCCAACAGCCCUUACACUUUGGAGUCCAGAGCCCCCAACAACAACAACAACAGCUACGACACAAAGACCAUCCUGGACAACUACAACAACGGGAACCUCCGCACCAUCAUCGUUCCUCCCCUCAAAACCCAGAGCAGCGAGGCCCCGAAUGAGUGCGAGCGGCUGAUGCCAGAACCGAUGACCCAUCAGAAUUCAGCCUACAAGUUCAAAUCCUCCAACGGGUUGGCGUCCGGCAAUAAUCACCUACACGGGGGCCUGACCGGGGGCGGGUCCUACCGCCAGCAGCGCUCUGGGCUACACGCCCUCCAGCAGCAGCCUCUCAAUCUCAGCCAGGCCCAGCAGCACAUGGCGAAUGAGCGAAACGGUCAUCGGCGCCAGCAGGCCUACAUCACCCCGACCAUCGCCACCCAGCCGCCGUACUCCUUCCAUCACAACAGCCCGUCUCACGCGGGCAACGUCCACCCGCACCUGGCGGCCACGCACCUGCCCGGCCAGCCCCACCUCUACACGUACACGGCACCUGCCGCCCUGGGCUCCACCGGCACCGUGGCCCACUUGGUGGCGUCACAGGGCUCGGCGCGCCACGCAGUCCAGCACGGGAGCUACCCGCCGAGCAUCGUCCACCAGGUCCCGGUCAGCAUGGGCCACCGCGUGCUGCCCUCGCCCACCUUGCACCACGGCCAGUACCAGGCCCAGUUUGCCCACCAGGCCUACAUCAGCGCUUCGCCCGCCUCCGCUGUCUACACUGGAUACCCUCUGAGCCCCACCAAGGUCAACCAGUACCCUUACCUCUAGAGAGGACGCUGACUGACACUGGAGAGCUGCUGCUGCUGCCCCCCGCCACCCCCCAAAAUCCUGAACAUCCUCUCCUCGACCUCAGACAUAAACAGAGACAGAGGAACAUGCAAUCCUCAUGAAACUGUCGCAAAUGGCUUGAAGAAAAGAAGAAGGAACAGCCUCUCUAGAAGGGAAAGAUGGGGUUGAAUUUCAGAGUGUUUUCUUUCAUUUUUUUUUUUCUCCUGAAAGAGCCAGUUGUUGUUUUUUGCAUUUAUUUGUCUAUUCUCCGCAUUGCUUUUUAAAUGAAAGUAAUGUGUCAUUAGUUUUACAGGGACGUUUGAAAACGGGCCCUUUGGGGACAGUGGAGGCUUUCUGGUGUUUUAUUUCCCCCCCCCCGUAUAUUUGGUAAGAGACUGUUGAACAGGGGUUACUGACUGGAAGUUUGGAAUCCCAAGACAUUCGGGAGAAGGUGAAAUACGGAAAACCUGCUGCUCUUCAAAGAAAAAAAAUAUAUAUAUUGAUGGCCUUGAACUGUCUUUAAUGUUUCCAAAAUCAUUCCCCGGUGUGGGGACAAAAGACAGGCAACUCCCAACCCGCUCCACCUUCUCCAGCCGAGGAGCUUUCUGGAAAUAUAACCAACAGAAGACAACAAACUUUUUAGUGUGCAUUUAUAGAUAUUCUGUUCCUUUAUGUUUCACCUUUAUAACGAUAUACUUGGGUUUUAGCUAGGCGUCUUAGAAUGUAGCAGUCUGCACAUGUUUGUUUGUUUUUCCUCCCCCUGAUACCAGUCGGUCUUAUUUGUUCCUCUUUUUUUUCAAUGUGAUUGCACAAAGUGGUUAUAAUAACAUAGGCAUGUACAACGUGAUUGUCUGUGUGUGCUACCGUCAGCCAUGCGUGCGUAGUCCACCUCCUUAAAAAAAAAAAAGAACUCUCUCCAGUCUUUAGGUUCUGACCAUUGUUCCCUCGUAGUGCCUUACAGACAUAACCACACAGUUUACUUGGCUUGGAUCCCGAAAAAGCCACCAGAGACUCUCAGCUGGACGGUGGAGACGCGUGUUUCUCUGGUUUUGACAUCCAAGUCGGGGCGGUUGUAGCUCACUUCCAGGUGCAGGCUCACGCCCUUAAUGACAGCGUAACGCGCACGGCGAAGAUUAAUGUCAGUCGAGAGCUGAGCUGAUAUCACGCUGAGCUAUUUUAUUAUGUGUGCAUGAGAUAACUUGCCCGGGGUACUUACCAAAGUCAUAGAUAAAUUCUCCUUACGUUUUGCUGUGGAUUUUAAUGUAAAUAAGAAGGUGUGCAGUGUAGCUGUAGCCGUGAACCUCUAUCACGGGUGGCACCCAAACAUUGUGGCUUUAGCUGGGAGGAAAUAUUUGAUUUUCUUUUUAUAAUCACUCAAGGGAAUGUUUUCACGUGGCGGGAAUGUUCUGAGACGCAGAAGAGGGCCUGACAGAAAGUAAGGGACGGCCAGGCUAAAGAAGAGAGGCGGGUAUCGAGGGUGGUUUUGAGAGGGUUACUGUGUGGGCGGGAGGGAAGGGGCUGUUUGUGGGGGGCGCAGGGGUCCGCGUUUGGAGGGGGCAGAGGGAAACCUAAUCUUGAAUGGGACUAAAAUGGUAGCAAGUUGGCACUGAGCAGGUUGAUAGUGACGCUGAGCCCGGUGGGAUGGUGGCAGCCGGAGGGGGGGGGGGCUUCACCUCACCUGAACGCACACUUAUAAUUCUGACAUGAAUCCUUUUUGGUUUUGACGUAGUGUCAUUCGUUUUACGCUGGAGGUUUUGGGUGAGCGGAAGGGGGAAUCCCCCAGCGUGCACCUGGAAGGGGGCGCCUCGAGGACGAUUCCUCGCCACUGUCCAUUUGUCUUUGAGCCAGGAGCGCCACGGACAUGGCCGCGCCAGCCGAACAGGACACCCCGAACACUUAGACACCGACCAAUAGCGGUGUCACUUUGCGCGUUUGCUGCUUGACUCAACAGACAUCUUUUUUGUUGUUGUUGUUUUUCUUGUAGCCAAUGAUACAAAUAAUCUCCUCCGUUCAUUUGUGCUCUUGAACACUCAGCAGUACUGCUGGUGUCGUAGUGAAAGCCUUCCCCUCCCCCUUUUAUGGUUUGCCAUAGUAUUUGCAUUUGAAGUGAUUUUUUAACUUAACAUUACCUUGAACUUUUUGAAAUGGCUGUAGUACCUAUUGUGUUUAUCUUUUAGAGAUUGUUGCAAUAAUUCUUGUGGAUGUGUCUUUUUUUAUGAUAUGUCGGGCUCUGCUUUGUAGCCUGGAGGUUGAUGUACAGUGAUGUUUAGUGUUCCGUGGAGGUGGGCGCACCCGUGUAAAGUGUUGCAACACGGCUGGUCUUGAUGACGACCCGAUCGGGCCCCUAUAGACACAUGCUUUGGUUUGAGGGGUCACUUCACGGGACCCCCCAGAGUGGUUUGUCAUCCCGGUACCCCCCCCACACACCCCGCCUCCAGCACGCAGACCCGAGGUAGAAGAUGUGAUUGCUUAGUAACCUGCUGGUUACAUCAAUCUUCUCUGUUUUGUUGUCUUCUUUUUUUAUUUAAUUUUCUGUAGGUCAUUGGGGCCUAAGCACACACACACACACACACACACACACACACACACACACACACACACAUAUAAGGGAGAUGAUUAUCCAUUGAAAUCUGUUGGCUCCUCUGUAAUGAGACAGACUACUGAAACAUUCCACUGUUUAAGGGAAUCUGGCGUCGCUGUCGGACAGCGUCGUCACAUUAGAUCUUUUCUUUUUUUCUCUCGCUUCUCCCACCAAAGAAUUCAACAGACCAAUCAUGUACAGCACAGCACAGGAAAGUGCGAGCAAACCACCGGAGCUUUUGCAAGGGCAGCAGAGGGGCAAAUAACUCCUGGUCUCAUCUUUAAACGCUUUACGAGUAACUUUGAGGACGCGUUGUUUUACCCCCCCAGAAGCAAAUGCAUGUUUCACGAAGGCGAUUCGACGUAUUUAUGGAACACAGCAGAGUAACGGAUUUGACUUUCACUGUCGUUACUCCUCACAGGUGUUUAGAUUGAAUGAUCAAUAACUAUCAAACUUCUCUCUAAAUUGAUAAGCCAGUUGUUGUUAUUUUAUUUUUGAUUUUAUUUUGUUGUUGUUGUUGAUGAUGUCGUUGCUUUAUCGGUGUUGUGUGAAAAUGACUUUGUAAACUAAAAAUGUUGUUUUACAUUAGCGUGCCAUGAAGUGAAAUGACCUGUCAAAAUGAAUUAAUCAAAAAUGCACCGACUAUACCUUUAAAACCACGGCCACCCGCACGAAAUGAAUGUAAUGCGUGACCUGCGACAUCUGAAAUGGCUUUAGAUCUUUCUCCGUGGGUGACCAUUCAUUUCAUUUUUACACCGUAAGUGGCCAUGCAUGACGCAAUAAUUAUAGAUCUGAUCUCCAGCAAAAUCCUAUGUAAGAGUAAGUCAUUAACACUAUGACCAUCCUCACGAUUAGGGGGUGUCAAAUAAUUGCUAUUUUCUCAAACUAAAUUAAUAGAGGCCCCGUAUACUCAAAGCUGUUGGAAAUGACUUAAUGUGUUAAUGUUACCUUUGUCUAUUAUUAUGUUUCACAUAACCAACGUUUUGUCUCCUAUAAAAAAAAAGGGGGAAUCAGAAAUGUGACGUAGAUCGAGUGACCUUACAAUUACCAAAAUGUGCUUAAGUAGAGUGUAAAAACGCUUUGUGUUGUCGAGGUGAGCGCGGCCUUCCCAGCUAUAGCCACCGUCUUCCAAAUGGCCGACCAGUCCGCCGACCUCACUCUCCCCGUGAAGCCUGGCACUUUCCUUUAAAUCUAUACUCAAACUUCCAACUUUGCUCAUGGUGAUUCGCCCCUUCGGAGCUUUGGGGACACCGGGAAACAUUCCUGAGACGAGCGCGUCGACGGCGCUGCAUUAGUCUUAGUCGGAUAAACUCCUGGAGAGAGAGAGAGAGAAAGAGAGAGAGAGAGAGAGAGAGAGAGAGAGAGAGAGCAGACCACCCGCAACAUCCACACAAGCUUCAGCGCAAACGUAAACCAUUUGGCAAACUCGUAGGCGCUUUAAGUGCAGGAAGAGGCGUCAGGUGGGUUAAUCAUGGGCUGACCUCUCUGUCACCAGGUGACUCAUAAUCCAGCCACGCGAGCGUUCUUAAAGCCCUUUCAGAUGAGAGUCUGUGUUCUUUUUUUUUUACCUUUUCAUUGGGGAGAUCUGCUCCUUUUGCUGGCUGUUCCUUUGGGGUAUUCAGGGUGAGGUGGUCACGGUUUGAUGCCAUCGCUGAUAGAGGGUGUCGGGUGAAUGAAUGAAAUUAAGAACCAAAACUGAUUGAAAUACGAUUGUUUUCCUGUUAUCUUAAUUUAUUCUAAUUUAUGUAAAAGCAGGCAUGGAUGUGGAUCCAUAUGUACCACUUUGUUGUCAGAUCUUUGGUCCAACUUUACAUAAAUGAAAAAUGUAGCUUUUUUUCCCCAUUUUACUUUCUGGAAGAUUUCUAGCCAAAGCUAGUUGUGUUUUUGUGGUGUCAACGAACGGAAUCUAGAAGUGGUAGACCAAAGCUACAUUCAAAGCCAAAUUGGCCUUUUUUUACAUUACAAAAAUAUUCAUCUAAAGCUAGACGUCACGUUAAAGUCAAAGUGAUUUUUUUGGUACAUUCUCAAACUUGCAUUGCUCCAUUUAAUCACAUCAAUACUCAUGCAAGUGAGUUAUCUGUUUAUUUUGCAUUUUCUAAAGACCUAAGAGUGCAUCAAACCCUGACCCCCUUUUCUGUUUCUUGCUGUAUGGUUUCUCAUCGGUGUAAAAUCUCAUUCUUUGUCGAUACAGCUAAUGUGUGCUGCAGUAUUUCCUACUAUACUUAUCUGUUAAUUGUCUCUUCUUAUUUACUUUUGUUUUUUGGGGUGUGAUGUCUCAUUUUUUCAAUCUUCUGAUCUGUAGCGUUCAAUGUAUACCCUGUUCCUUACCCUAAUAUUAUUAAGUAUGUUACGAGAAUGGAUAUUUUAUUGGCUUUAUAGAAUGUUUAAAUAAAUAUAAUGACAGUAAGAAGAAGGAUUAAUUAAACCUCCUAAGAAGUUGAGCUACUAAGCGCUUGUGUUACCAUUAUGAUGUUGUGUGCUUCUCUUAAUCAUUUUCGUUGUAGAAAAAUGGAGUGAAUUUAUAUUAGGCUUUGAAUAAACUAAUUAUAGCAUUGUAAAUUUUACAGGAGGAUUUUAACAAGCAAAUAGCUUCGUCAAAUAGAAGAAUAUAGUUAUUUGAAUUGUCCUCUUUACUAACUGUAGGGUGAGAAGGGGCUCGCGUUGUGGUGAACUAUGUUAUAGCUUGUUAUUCACUGUUACUUUUGAUCAUUUUUUCGGUCUCCGAGGUGAAUCGAGUUAUUAAUGAGAAUUUGUAUGCUCACAUAUGCAUAUUGUAUAUGUGCAGAAAUGUAUUCACACUUUGUCUUGGAUUUACAUUAAACUGUUAAGUCACGGCACCGAU